CCAACACGCUAAAAUGGUUAACUGGUAUGCGGUCGGGUUAGCCGCCGCUAUUGUCUACAUUCUCCCACAACGGGCAAUUGCCACUCGCCUUGUAAAUUUCUACAAAUAUAGGACUCUAUUUGUGCCCCCAAAGACGGUAAUUGUGGUUUUAGACGAUAUAGGCUUAAAUUAUGAAAAAGCACGCAAAUAUUUACAAAAAGGGGCCCGUGUUAUCAUCGCCGGUCUUAACCAACAAAAACUGGAAACAGCAAAAAAGGAAUUAAUCCGUUCUACGAAAAAUAAUAACAUUUGUGUUGCGUCAGUGAAUCGUUAUAAUAAAAACUCGCUGAAAAAAUUCUCCGAUCACGUAAUUAACACUGAAGUGGCGAUUGACGUCCUAAUAAACAACAAAGGAGUAGAAUUAUCCGACUUGGAUAUCAUUUUUAAGACACAAGAAUUGGCAAGGGAACGAUUUGAGAAUCAUUGUGUGAAUUUUCUAGGGGCUUGUGUACCUGAAGACUUGUAAAAUGGGGCCAAAUGUAGCAAAAACUUCAAGACGUGACUUAGCAGCUUCGUGUCGUCCUCACUCGACGGCAGGAUUUUCAAAAAGCGCGAAAAUGUGCCCUCCCAAGGAUGGUCCAAAAACGUGUCUUGUUUCGGUAUUAAUUUGCUCAAAAUCACGUACCUUUAAUUACAAAUUAAUCAAGUCAUUAAUAAUUAAUUAAUUACU